AAUGGAAACAAAAAAUGUAUUCACUCCACCUUUACUCUUUUUUCUCCUUCCUCCCAAAGACCUUCUACUGAGAAAAGAUCAGAGUCAUAUCCAAAUUCCAUCACCAACUUCUUCUUCAUCUUCUUCUUCUUCUUCUUCAUCAUUCCCUGAUUGCUGCUCUAAAUCAUCGAGAUUUGAUAAAAUCAAGCUCCAUUCUCCAUUUGCUUCGUUCAACCUCACUCAGCUACCAAUCGAGAUCCAGUUGCUCGAGUCCCCAAAGGAAGCGAUUCUGAACCAGAAAAGAGUUCGGCCACUUCGUUCGAUCUUUCCUCGUCGUCGAUUCUCUGUAUGUAACUUCAUAUAGGUCCGAUUUCUGAUUCUCUCCAAGCUGGGGGCAAAUUUUGAUCGCGAAUACUUUCACCGACGCGACGCCGCCUCGUGGAAUGAAUUUCUCCUUCGUCUGUCCCAUCUCUCUUUCCUUACUGAGUUAGGGUUCUUGAAUUUCUAGUCGCCGGGGAACUGAUCCGGCCACCAGCUCUGGCCAUGUCAGCCUAUCUGUCUUUGACUUGUGCAAGCUCAUGGUGACCCCCGCUCAAGUGGAGACGUCAGUUUCUUACAACAAACACAGGCCAAGAAAGCAUCUGCCGGGCUUGCCUUGUUGUUUCACGAGAGAAUAGUGUACAUCGGGAUGCCUGCAACUAAAUGACAAUGAGUUCACUGGUUGAAUUCGUCCUGAAUUUGGCAAGUUGGAGCUGAUUGCAAUGCAGGGGUUACGGGUUAUGAGGGAGGCCUUUGGCGGGUUCGGAUCCGUGGAGGUCCAGAUUUGUGUCUUGAUUACUAAUCUUGGG